AUGGUGUGGGUAAAUUGGAUUUUCGUGCUCGACUUGGUUACAUUUCUCUUCAGUUUAUCAGCAGGAGAUAGAGCCAACUUGUUAGAAAGACCUAAACCAGGUGGUGGUGCAGAGAGCUGGUAUUGGAAAACAUCUCAUGGCCAUGGGUCAGGGUGGACUGCUACAACCUCUGAUGAUGCUGCAUCGCGUAUAUAUACAGUUUGUGACAUAGGUGUUUGGCAACCAAGUAACUGGCUAUGGAGUGAUGCUAUAAGUCACAAUAAUCUGAAGAGAAUCGACUUAGCUAUCAAUUACACAAUCAUGAGAUGUACUUCGUUUUCUGAUGAGAGACUAAACUGCUCUGAACAAUUUGAUGUUUAUGGAUACCAAUCAAAUGAGAACUUAAAUGAGUCAAAUACUGAUCCAAGAAAUGGAUUUUACAACAAAAUGAAAGUAAUAUCCAUGCCAAAUAACACCUCAAGCAAGUCUGAAAGGGUACAAGGAGUUGCAAAGCUGUCACUUUUCAUCAAAGAAAGAACUUCAAAGGUAUUCUUUGCUAUUCAUGACCAAGGAGCUUGUCUUGUAUUGCAUUCGUUUCUGGUGACAUACAAUGUUUGUCCAGAGCGGACUUUACCAACAAGUCUUGUAUUGCUACCACAAACAAUAGCUCCGGUGAAUGAAUCUGAAAUAGUCAAAAUACCAGGGGAAUGUGUGGCAAAUUCACAACGUACAGCACCAGUGUUGAGUGCCAUCUGUAGCAGCAGUGGUGAAUGGACUCAGAGUGAUGAUGCUGCAGGAAAAUGUCUGUGUUUACCAGGAUGGGAGAAAAUUGAUACGGAAUGUCAAGCUUGUCCACUGGGAUACUUUAAAGACAAGACCGGAAACACCAAAUGCUCAAAAUGCCCGCUAAACAGCAACUCGGACAGAUAUCGGAAACGCUGCAAAUGCUCCAGAGGGUUUUUUCGCGCAUCAUGGCAAAGUGUGUCAGACAAUUGUACAGCUCCUCCUUCUGCACCAAAACAUCUGCGAAGCCUUUUCACCAACCAAACAACAGUGAGUUUAGUAUGGUCACAUCCGCGGCACCUUGGUGGUCGAACUGACUUGUAUUAUGAGAUAGAAUGUAAAAUUUUGUGUCGGAAAGAUCAACGAAGCUGCAGUCAGGAUUGUGGAUCACAAGUUCUUUUCCUGCCUAGACAGAACAACCUAUCGCACACCAAGGUGAUUUUGACGAACUUGAUAUCACGGACAGUUUACAGAUUUAAGGUACAUGCAAAGAAUGGAGUCAGUGAAAAGGCUGAGAUGGACGGAUUCCCUUCCCGGUUUGCCAAGUUAGACGUCACUACACUUGAGUCGGUUCCUGACCAGCCUGUGGUGACAGUGCAAAGGAUCGACAGUACUUCGGUGAAUGUGUCGUGGACUCUUAAAACUGGCCAUGAAGACAUCCAUUUCUUCCUUGUACGAUACCGCAAAAUAUUAGACAGCGCAGACAAUUAUCACACUAUCAACACAACGAAAACCUACAUCAAAAUAACUGGAUUGGAACCUGACGUGAAAUAUGAAAUCGUGGUCGUUGCAAAGAACAGCAGGGGCUUCGGGCCAAGUAGCCAGGCAGUGAAAACGCCACAAGACUACCCCGUUCCCAGUUUGGAUGAAGACAAGAAACUUUGGUUCAUGAUCGCUGCUGCCGUCGGAGGAAUUUUCCUUAUUCUGAUCAUAACUGCUAUAGUCUCGUUCGCUCUAUCAAAAAAAAGGAAAUCUCGGAAACGAGCGAAUACAUUUGAAGCCACUGAACUCUUUUCUAACCAUGGGCUCAGUCAGUAUGUGGAUCCCAGUAAUUAUGGUGAUCUCAUGGACGCUGUCAAAACAUUUGCCGCCGAGAUCGACGGAUGUCAAAUUAAACUGGAAACUAGAGUUGGCGAUGGUGAAUUUGCUGAAGUUUUCAAAGGAUUGUAUGAAGAUUGUUCGGUUGCUGUUAAAAUCCUCAAGCAAGGAUCGAGUUCCAAGACCAGAGACGACUUUAUUUCUGAGGCGUCCAUCAUGGGUCAGUUUAAACAUCCAAAUGUCAUCAAGCUGACUGGCGUGGUCACAGUCAGUAGACCCAUGAUGAUUGUAACAGAGUUUAUGGAAGGAGGAUCACUUGAUAAGUUUCUUAAGGAUCACGAAGGUAAACUUACGCCCCUUCAGCUCAUUGGUAUGGUUCGUGGAGUCGCCUCAGGAAUGUUGUACCUUUCGUCCAUGAAUUUCAUACACAGGGACCUUGCUGCUCGCAAUGUUUUGGUUGGAGAGAACAUGGCGUGUAAGGUGUCUGACUUCGGAUUGUCCAGAGAGUUGGAGGAUAACCCAGAUUCAGAGUAUCAAACGCAGGGAGGAAAAAUUCCAAUUCGUUGGACAGCACCAGAAGCGAUAAGAUAUCGAAAAUUUAGCUCUUCUAGUGACGUAUGGAGCUAUGGAAUAGUUUUGUGGGAGGCCAUGUCGUUUGGCGAGAGGCCGUACUGGGACUGGAAUAACUUUGAGGUUAUGGACAGAGUAGAAGGAGGCUACAGGCUGCCAGCUCCUAUGAAAUGUCCCAAAAUUGUCCACGCAAUCAUGAUGGACUGCUGGGAUAAGGACAGGUUCAGACGACCAAACUUUGAAGAAAUUGUGAAACGACUGGACGAGCUGAUCCGCGCACCGGAAAUGUUAAAUGACAAUCUUGUUUGCUAUACAAGUGCCGUGUCAGCAGACUUCACCGAACUUAGGACAAUCCAAGAAUGGCUGAUCAGUAUUCAUAUGGGACAGUAUACUGCUAACUUCAAGACUGCGGGCUACAAUGACUUAACACAAGUAACUCACCUUAAGGACGGCGAACUCAAAGACAUUGGAGUGACCUUGAUAGGUCAUAGGAACAAAAUUUAUAAGAGUAUAAAGUCUAUGAGGAAGCAUUUUGACAACUUACCGGAGCCGGUGUAGAAUACUUCGUAAUGUCGAAAAUCCCUUCCGAAGAGUCGAGAAGCUGGAACUGUAGACCUUACCGUGGAUGUCGAAAGUGGAUCACUCUGUAUGUCGUGAUGCAAGGCGCCACAGCAACCCACACUCUAUGGGUCCACGAUUCUCGAAGGGCGCGAGAGCUAGUCCAUUAUUUAAAAAGAUCUAGUUGUAAACUGAUUUUAAAGUAUUUCGAAUUACUUGUGGUAACUAAGCACCUUAUUUUAUUCGACUUACUCAGGCAGUCCCCUCAAUACUUGCGUAGAAGAUUUUUUCCAAGGUAACUCGCGAGUAUAGUAUUUCAGGAAAUCAGUGGAUAUUCCACUCUAAAUUCCUAUUUUCUCUUGAUUUCAUCCACAUUUAUCCGAGGACAAUAGAAAAUGGUUAAUUGGAGAUAGAGAAAGAAAAAUGUUAAAAGUGCACGGUAUUGAAGGAGUGACCUGAAACUUUGUCUCCAGCUGUUUAGACUGUUUUUGUUUCAUAGUGGCAACAAGAAGGGCGUCUUUUAGCGAGCGCUUUUAAGCGUCUUGUUUUGGGUUUUUUUUUUCUCUUUUUGGUUGAUUAAUCGAUCAUUCCGCCCUUGAAAGGGAAAUUGAGAUGUACUGCCAUAAUUCAGAUCAAUCUUCUGAUCUGUCAGCUCGUUUUUUGUUGGUGUGUUAAUUUUCAUUUUCUUGAAUGGCUGAUUGACUCCUACGCGGCUGACUUUUAUUGAGACCUUAAAAUAGCAUUUGUAUUGUAAGGAUUUUAAAAAUGCUUAUUACAUGCUUGGCUAGGGAAAUGGAGCAGCUUUGUAGAAAGCUCUAGAACAAUGAACAUGAGAGAUAUUUCGUUGUGUAGUUUUACUAUCAGACAUACUUUAAUUUUAUUUGUUAUAUUACUCGUUGUUUUUGACAUCGUCAAGUAGCGUAUAGGUUAAAGUAUUCAAGGCCGUUUAGUUAAACGCAGUUUGGACGUUGUACAGCAAAGCUGUGUCCUAUAUCAUCUUCAAUUUAGCCCAACCCUUAUCUGAUGGGAAUGUUGAAUUUUGUGAGCAUCGUCAAGAAGCUUAUAAUUAACAUUAAGUAUUCAAGGCCGUUUAGCUAAACGCAGUUUGGACGUUGUACAGCAAAGCUGUGUCCUAUAUCAUCUUCAAUUUAGCCCAACCCUCAUCAGAGGGGAAUGUUGAAUUUUGUGAGCAGCGUCAAGAAGCUUAUAAUUAACAUCAACCCUAUCGAAGAAAACUGAAGUUCAUUGACUAUUCCAAGUGGCGACCGAAGUAAGACCUCAGCAUUAGAGUAAACGGCCCUUUCUAUUUAGUUUUACAUAGAGAUUACUUAAAAUUCUAACCAGUGCACCUGAGAGAUGAUUAGUUUAUUAGUUCAAGUAAUGUUGUUUUACACGAGCGUAUUACUAGUAUCGUUUGCUUUGCCCUAUAUUUAUACGAAACAUGCAUCCAUAAGAUGAAAUGGCUAUUUGAAAUGUUUUGUUGUCGAAAUUUCGGUGUCUAAUAUGUGAAGAGAUUUUUAAAGAAAACUAUAUAUUUUAGAGUUGUUCAAGUGUUGAAGUCCUAAGUUAUUUUUUUUAGUGACAAUUCCCACACUUGUGGAAAUAAAAGAGUUCAUUACACCUC